AUGGAGGGAAAUACUAACUGGAAGCCUAAUGAACAAGGCGGAAACCGUGAUGCUGCGAAUAAUCGUAUUGAUUGGAGAUCACAACAUGAGCCUGAAUUACGGCAAAAGGUUCUUUCAAAAAUAGUUGAAAAGUUCAAGGAAAAGUUUCAUGCACAUGAAGAAUAUAAGAUUAACGACAUCGCUUCCAAAUUUGAAGAAAAUUUUUAUAGCAUAGCAACCGAUAAGACUACAACGAGCCAACAAUGGUUACAGCAAAACACACAGAGCAAUCUCUGUGUCAUCUGCUUUGCCAAGUCAGGUCCCUAUAACCGUUCCCGGUUCUCAAAGACAGAUACAUGCUCGGUCACCGCAGCCGCAACAUCAUCCGCAAAGUUUGUUGAAACAACCUAUUCAACAGCCUUUUCCUCAAUCAAGCUAACAAAACACUCAAUCACUGACCAGAAAUCAGUUUUCGAUACAACGGAACAGAAACGACAAGAACAAGAGCAACUCAUUAAUCAACUGACGAAUCUUCCAACAUCACGACCAAACAAUAGAGACCAACAAGGAGCUUUUCAGGUAUCCUCGUCUCAGCAGAACAAUAAUGUUACCUUACAUGCAAUGUCUCAACAGAAGAAUAACCUCCAAAGUAUGACUAGAGGUCAACAAGUAGGACAAUCUCAACCAAUGAUGUCACAACAAUACCGACAACAAUACCCCAUGCAGCAGGAUCCUCAGAACAGAAACUUACAGAAACAUUUGGAUUUUGUACAAAACAAUACCAAUCAAUUUCAAGCAGCAAGUUCGUUGCGCCAAACACAAAACAUAACAGAUCAACAGAACCAGCCACAACAAUUAGAGAGAGCAAAUCCAUCUAUUCUAAUAAUGAAUAUCAUUGUAGCAUCUCAAGAUUCUACGGGAAAGACGGUAAAUGUCAAUGCCGGAAACUGGCAGGAGGAGACCUAUCAGAAGAUAAAAAAACUGAAAGAGAUGUGUUUACCUGUUCUCAGUUUAAUGCACCAAAGAGUUGCGGAAAAAUUGCGGGAGACUGAAUCUCUUCCGCCGCAACCGAUGCAAGCUCAGUGGAUUGAAAAGCUAAAGGCGGGAAAAUUGUCAAUGGAACACCUUAUGUUUUUCUUAAAUGUUCAUAGGAGCAGUGUAUCAGAGAAACAUAGAGACAAGUUUAGUCAAUAUGAGUACCACAUAUUGAAAUUUACCAAGAGUCAGACCAUGGUUUUGAGGCCAACGCAGCAACAACAAGGACAAUUUCCUCCUUCUCAAACAGCAAUGCAAACCCAAAGUCCUCAAGUCCAUGUGUCACAGUCUCUUUAUAAGGAGCAAAGGAGAUCACGGUUGAUGCCAAGUAGCCAAAAUGAGGCCUCGUCUUUGUUGCAAAUAAGGCCUAAGUUGGAUCCAAGAGACGAGAACAUCAUUAUGGCUUCCUCAGGAAAUGUCAUGUUACCUUCUGUUAAACAAAAUCCUCGGGCCGUAAACACAAAUAUCAGUUCGGUUCAGUCGUUGCAGAAGCAGAAGCGAUUCCAUCACCGACAAAUGCAACAACAACAACCACAACAAGGGAAUCAUCAACAUCAAAUGCAGACAAAUGAGAUGAAUGAUGUGAGGAUGAGGGAGAGGGUCAACAUUAAAGCCAGGUUGCUUGAGCAACAAGUCUCAUCGAGUCAGCGCCAGGUUCCAAAGCAAGAGUCUAACGUUUCAUCCUCUCAGAUACAGAACCACUCUUCUCCUCAGUUAGUUGACCAGCAUAUUCUUCCUGCGACGAUUAACAAAACCGGAACCCCAUUGAACUCUAGUGGUUCGGCUUUUGUUGCUCCAGCUCCAUCUCCAGUUCCUGGAGAUUCUGAAAUGCCUAUAUCUGUUGAGUCUCCAGUUUCUGGUGUUGAUGAAAUAAACUCAACUUUAGAUUCUUCUAGUAAACUUGGCACACAAGAAACUCCUCUGUUAUUUGUUCCUCCGCCCGAGCCAAUCACAGAGCGGCCUAUUGAUCGACUUAUAAAAGCGUUUCAAGCAGCAUCACCAAAAUCAUUGGCAGAAUCUGUAAGUGAGAUUAGCUCGGUGAUUAGUAUGGUUGACAUGAUUGGAGGAUCGUUCCCUUCUAGUGGAGGAUCUAGAGCUGGUUUAGGCGAGGAUUUGAGUGAGAGGACAAGAAACUUUACCACACACGAAGAAACAAAUCUGUCUAAGAGAAUGAAGCGAUCAAUCAACAUUGUGCCGCCAGAUAUGUCAUCACAAAUUGAUAGUUAUGAACAGUUGAGUAGCCUUGAAUCUGAAGUUGUUUCCACAACAUCAUCUGGCUUGAAAGUUAACAAUAUUGCGCCUGGUUAUGCCCUUUUGCAAGAAAUCAAAGAAACAAAUGGGAGACUUGUAGAGACAGUGGUAGAGAUAUGUGAUGAAGAUUCUUUAGGAACAAUCGUCACUUGUACUUAUGCUCCUGUGGCUCUCAGUGCCACAUUCAAAGAUCAUUACAAGUCUGGAAAAAUUAUUUUUUAUGUCUCUAAAUGUUUGAUGCAGGCACAGAUUCAACCUUUACGCUUACUAUUUCCUAUGGAUUAUCCGUAUAGUUCUCCGAUAGUUCUCGAGGAAAUCUCCUUUGACACUAGUGUACACAAGUAUGAGGAUCUAUCCGCGAGAACCAGAUCAAGGUUCAGUUUGUCCAUGAAGGAAUUUUCAGAACCAGGGUUUUCGAAAGGAAUAGCUCAAACGUGGAAUGAUUGUGCGAGAGCGACAAUGGUUGAGUACGCAGAGAGACAUGGUGGAGGCACUUUCAGCUCCAAGUAUGGUGCUUGGGAAACGGUUCUAAGAGCUUCAUGA